AUGAGCUUCUUCUCAUACGGUGAACUCCCCCUCCAUCAAGACGCGCAAGGCGCUCAUAUUAUCCUCGAGACCCUACCCGCUCUUGCAGCCGCAUUCCGGAAGGUUGGCGAUGUCAUUUGGGUGCGCUCCCUCUAUGAAGCCCCACAGUCGCUCUCGGACUGGAACUUCGGAAAUCGUAUCGUCCUAGAGAAAGAACCACCCAAGAGACACGCCGUACCUAAGACGGAUGUGAUUGAGGUUGGAUCAGAUCGCGAUUCUCCAGAACCAGUCGAUCAGGAGGCCUUUUUGUCCGGUCGUUCGCCAAUAUGCUGCGUUCCGGCAUCAUCUGGUUUUCAGUUCCCAGCUCCACUCCUUGCCGCCAUAAACCCAGACCACGAUACCAUAUUGGAUAAGACGGGAUAUUCUGCGCUGGAGUCGACGGAUCUUGUGCUUUCAUUCCGCACGCGAUUUGUGACGGAAGUCUAUCUCUGUGGUAGUUUAUCCAACGUCUCCGUUUAUGCCACCGCUUUGGAUGCCGUGCGCAAUGGGUUCUCCGUGACAUUAAUCGAAGACUGUCUCGGAUAUCGCGAGUUUGGGCGUCAUCGGGAGGCCAUGCGCCGCAUGGCUGAUAUACUGGGCGCGACUGGUCUCACCGCACAGGAGCUUUAUCAGGAGCUAGAUUGGGAGGAAACAGACACUAUUGCUCGGGGCCCACCACAGUUCAAGCGACCUGCGGGCGCGUCGAUUGGCAUCGAAAGUGUUAUGGAUACCUUGGGGGUGGAGAGCGAAGAGCCCCCGGAGGAGAGGCCCGAAGAACAAAAUGAAGAAAAUCCCGAUGAAGGACCUAUCAGUCUGUCGGAGAUUGCCUCCCUAACUCGACUACAUCGAAACACAGCAGGAGCUGCCCGGGUUCCUGUUCAGGCGAACAAACAUGUACGCGCGCGAGUGCGACGACCCAAACGCCGUGAACCAACCCCUAGCGCUGGCGCGGGGACAGAUGAGGCUCCUCCAAAUUCAAAUUCAACUCCAACUCCAAAUCCAAAUCCACAUUCAAAUCGAAGCCCAAAACCCAAGGCUACUGCAAAUCCAAACCCGGAGACUGCGCCGAAACCAAAUGAUCCUGUCAUUGGGGAAGGCGACUCGCGCAUUGUGUCAGAACUUGAUAUCCCUAAAGACUCGUUUGAGCGCAUCCGGAAUGAGGUUUCCUGGCAAAAGAUGUAUCAUAUGUCUGGCGAGGUACCUCGAUUGGUUGCGGUACAGGGAAAGAUACGAGCUGACGGUUCUAUCCCCAUUUACCGACACCCUGCGGAUGAAUCGCCACCUCUCAAAUCCUUCACAUCUACCGUUGAUGAAGUUCGCGUUGCAGUUGAGAAAGUAUUGGGUCACCCCUUAAACCAUGUACUGAUCCAACUGUAUCGAGAUGGACAAGACAAUAUCUCCGAGCACUCAGAUAAGACAUUGGAUAUUGUGCGAGGCUCUUUCAUCUGCAAUGUCAGCCUGGGAGCGCAGCGUGUGAUGGUGCUCCGCACUAAGACCUCAGCAGAGCCCAAGGUAGAAGGAGAGUCCGGAAGAACCACACAACGUGUACCCCUUCCACAUCGGUCACUUUUCAUCCUUGGCGAAAAGACCAAUAUGCGAUGGUUGCAUGGUAUCCGACCGGAUAAGCGCCCGGGUGACUCUAAAUCUCCCGAAGAGAAAGCAUACGGGGGCGAGCGCAUUUCGCUGACUUUUCGACACAUCGGCACCUAUCUGAACCCGGCCAACAAUCUAAUCUGGGGUCAGGGAGCCGUUGAAAAGUCUCAAGAUGCUGCCCGUGCUGCUGUCCAUGGAAAUCCCGAAAAGACGGAAUUGAUGAUCCAUGCCUUUGGCCAGGAAAACCGUUCUUCGGAGUUUGACUGGCGUGCAGUCUAUGGUGGUGGCUUUGAUGUAGUCAAUUUUGUUACAGCCUCACCAGUUCGUUUGACUCUGAGUGGAGACUUUGUGUCGGAUCUCAGGGUACGCCUGGGUUUGAGCGAGAAUGGACAUCGAUACGAGCUCACCGAUCCACAACAAAUGGAAACCGACGCGAGCAACGAUAGCAAGCGACCGAUUUACUUUGGUCCCGAUGGAACAGCUGUUCAUGGUGACUUGGCUAUCUUGAAGCACCUGGUCUCGCGAUCCACCGAGACUGCACAGCCUGGGGUUGAUGUUUUAAAGGGUGGGAGCCAUCUCUCUUGGACAGAAGACUUAUUGGAAGACUGGCGCGAGCAUCGUGAAAACAACCCUGGUAUCGCAUUUUCCGGCGGUUUGCGCCAUUGGGAGCGAACCUUGGAUGGUCAACAUUAUUUGGGAGGAGAAGUUUUUGGUAUUGAUGAUUGUGGGCUUUGGCCAGUGUUGCGAGAGAUGGUACAAGCUCAAGGUCCUUUUGAUGCCCGCUUCACAAACCUGAAUCAAUACUACCAGCGAGUUGAGAAACGGAGCAUUGUUAAAAGAAUCUUGGAGGAAUACCAAAGCGAGCAACCCGAGGCGUCUUGA